UUCCCCAAUAUCCUCCAUACAUGGACAUUUGAUGAGGACUUGGCCGAUUGGACCAAUGAUCUCACCAGUUGGCAUCACAAAUGGGAGAUUGAGCGGAGUCAACUCUGUCUCGUCACCAAUUCAGGCUCUGAUGCAAAAUAUCGAUCUCCUUGGUCAUCCUCUACUAGAAAGAAAUUUAGUAAUUCAUCUGCCGAUGUUCAGGCUCGUCUUUGGAGCAGUCCCAUUCCUUCCGACGUCGGAAUCCGUUGCCUCGUUCUGUCCUAUUUCAUCACUGGGAAUGUUGAUGCAGUAAAAUCGGUUCGAUUGAGCCUCCUUCAGCAUCAUGACGUCCACCUACAACACUCCCGGAUGUUUAUUCAACUCCCUGAUGUUUCAGUUGUCUUCCUGACCAAUACCGUUUUACAUUUGCAUCAAAAACCGCCGGGCUCCUUCUUGACAUGGACACUUGCUGAAGAUGUGAAGGAGUGGACGCAUGAUAGUGAUAACUGGUUGCAGAAAUGGGUGUCACAGAUUGCCAAUCAGAAAUUCUUAUUUCUUCACGCAAUAAUCUUUCAUCGUAGUCGACGGUCGAUUCUCCUCUUAGAACAAGAUUUCCCGGCUGAAACUAUCAUUCAAGCGCAACUGUCAAAACCUCUGUUAACAUGGACCCUCUCUGAAGAUCUAGAAGAGUGGGCAAAUGACGGUGAAAACUGGUUGCAAAAAUGGAGGGUCUCGUCAAUCGGCAACCAGUCUCUGGUUUGUCUCCAAGCUAAACCCACUCAUCAGAACCGACAACCGAUUUUACUAUCUCGUAAAAAGGAUGCAACAAAGUCUAACAUCCGAGCACGCCUUUUGAGCCCACCCAUUCCCUCCGAUCUGAAUCUUCGUUGUCUCGUCAUUACCUAUGCAUUCACCUCACGUCAUGGCUUACAGAUUCCAAAGGGAAUGAGGUUGAUUCUCUUGCAACGGCAGAAAGGGUGCUUAUGCUUUAAUUUUUUAUACCGUUUUCCCUACACUAGUCUAUUUGUCCAUCCCCUAUCCAUUCAAAUGUUCCGGAUCAGGAACGUGAGACGUGCCUUAAAAGGCAUUGGUCAUCAUCUAUCCAUUCCCAAAACAGUACAUUGUUUUCUGGGUUUUUGUCUUUCUAUAAUAGGUGCAACUUCGCUCACCUGUGACUUUGAAAAUGGCAGUCUGUGCGAGUGGGGAAACGAUCUGAAUAACUGGUUGGCUACUUGGAGGGUGGAGAGCUCGGCUCUGUGCUUCAAACCUCUGCGGCAGUAUUCCAAGUCAAGGGCGGAGUUGUUAGCUCGACUCUACAGUCCUUUCCUGAGCGAAGAAAGUGCGAUUGGAUGUGUGAAACUCAGCUACAUUAUUUCUGUCAAGAGCAGUCGUAGUGAUUCAAUUGAGCAAUCAGCGAGAUUGUCUUUGAUGCAAAAACAAAUGGGGAAACUGUUGACGCAUUCUAAACGAUCUUGUCUUUGGUGGCGAUAUUUUUUAGGUGUAGCGGACCUGUUCUCAGCCCUCGCUGCUAUUCCCGGUGGGCGAACAAGUUUAUUUUCCUGUGACUUUGAGUCGGCCGGAAUUCAAUUUUUUUGCGGUUGGAAUAUCGAUCCCAGAGACAGUGGUGCUAUGUGGAGCGCCGCUUGGAGUCCAAAUCUACAUACUAACAUGCUCUGUCUGACUCCUACUGCAUCCGAGUCUGUUGUGGCAGGAGUACAUACCGAUGGCAAUUAUGAUAACCUUGAUUUGAGCGAUCCGCAUAAGGCUGUGAUGCGAGCGAAAUUCUGGAGCCCGAAGUUUCGCCUAACAAAGGCCGACGCGCUAUUCACGUUGAGCCUCUCUCUUCUACUAGAUCGGACGUCUCUCAAUUGCGCCUUUGAAAAUGGGUCAAUUUGUGAGUGGACCAAUGAUCCCAACAACUGGUUUGCCACCUGGAAAGUAUUGAAUUCGCUUCUAUGUCUCAGACAGCAUCGACCUGCCUCGGGAAAACAGACCAAACUGUCUGCCCGUCUCUAUAGCCCCUUCCUGACUCAGCAAAGCAGGAUUGGUUGUGUGAAAUUAAACUAUGCGAUUUUUAGCGGGGCGUCGCUCAAUUGCACGUUCGAUAAUGGGAGUCUGUGUGCCUGGUCGAAUGAUCAAAGCAACUGGCUUGCAACGUGGGAAAUUAUGGAUGGAAAGAACUCAGUUCUCUGUCUGAAACCUCUCCGUAUUCCAUCAGAAGCAAUGGCGGAGAUGUCUGCCCGUCUAUACAGUCGUUUUUUAAGCGUCCAAGACGGAAUUGGCUGUCUUAAGUUCAGCUUCAUUGUGUCCCUGUCUGGUGGUCGUAGUAACACACAGCUUGAACAGUCUGCAAAGACCGCAUUUGUUUACUUCCUUUCAGAGGUGUCCGCCUCUUUAUUCGCUUGUGAUUUCGAGAUGCAGGGACCGAAAUCUCUCUGCGGUUGGAAGGACGAUCCCAGAGAUAAUGGUAUUGCUUGGAGCAUUGUCUGGAAUCCCGAUCUCCACACCAACAUUCUUUGUAUGACACUCGCCGCAUCAAGUCGCUAUGGAACAGACAAUGAUGAAAAUUUUGGUUUUGGCGGUAGUAAUGACCCUCUGAUGCGAGCUAAGUUAUGGAGCCCGAAAUUCCAUGCUGUGAAGACCGAUCCGGCACCGCAGUGUGUCAAAUUUUCGUUCAGGUUUGAUCAACUAGACGUCGAGUUGUCUUCUUCCUUGAGUUUGAUGCGUCAUUCCGCGAGGUAA